UAGGUGACCUACAUUAGUUGGAGAAAGAUAAUAGAAAUUGCUGUUGCUGUCCUUGAUAUAGGGUAAAGCCCAACUUUGUUGUAUACUACGUAUAGAGGGCCACGAAAGCCGUUUUGUCACUCGUUCUCUCUCCUCGCAGAACUUGAGCAGCCAUGGCGGAUGUCGAAGGAGAGGUAGCCGCAGCAGCUGGAGCUGCCCCAAAGAAGAGAACAUUCAGGAAGUUUAGUUACAGAGGAAUCGACCUUGAUGCUCUUCUUGACAUGUCUACUGAAGAACUCGUCAAGCUUUUCCCCGCUCGUAUUCGCAGAAGGUUAUCAAGAGGAUUGAAGCGUAAGCCUAUGGCACUCAUCAAGAAGCUUCGGAAAGCGAAACGUGAGGCUCCACCUGGUGAGAAGCCUGAGCCAGUUAGGACUCACCUUCGUAACAUGAUCAUCGUUCCUGAGAUGAUAGGUAGUAUCAUUGGUGUUUACAAUGGAAAGACCUUCAACCAAGUUGAAAUCAAGCCUGAGAUGAUUGCCCACUACUUGGCAGAGUUCUCCAUUUCAUACAAGCCUGUGAAGCACGGUAGACCUGGUAUUGGUGCUACCCAUUCUUCAAGGUUCAUCCCUCUUAAGUAAACAGAUCAUAUUACAUUUUCUCAGCUUAUAGAACUCAGUCGCACUAGGUUUUUUGUUUUUAAUUUGCCUUUCAUCGACUCUUUUAAGAGUACUAUGAUUUUUGCGAGCUGUUUGGAUUACCCCGAUGUGUUCGAUUAUACUUCUAUUCUGCCAUUCUGGCAAUGCAUUUAGUUUUAUUGAUCUUCUAAAUGUUGUUGUGUCGGGUUGUUGCUCAUUACGUUUCCCGUUUUAGAUUUCGUAAAGGUUGUCCACAUAAAUUGCUCAUUUUGAACAAAGAUGAGGUAGAUAUUUGAUUUUGACUUUAAAUCUGA